AUGUCGGAUUCGGGAGCGGCGCUUUCGCUACAUGAUCAAAUUAAGCUAGCAUCCGAAUGGGGAUACAACCAGGAUGAAAUAAUUGCCGCUUUGAAAGCUAAUACUAAUGAACAUUCAAAGGAAUUCGCUCGCUUUGAAAAUUUUGAUGUAAUGCUAGAUAUUCUGAACCGCGUAUCCGGCCGCCACAGUGGAUCUCCAUCGAAGAAAGGUCUUUCUCAACCCGGGGAUAUGAUGUCGACGUCUGUCACUUCAUUAUACCCACCCAAUGCCGCUCCAUCGUCGAUUCCGAGACGAAGUCUUUCAGUCGCAAGAUCUUCAUCGUUCCAUUUAGCUACUCCGAGAAGUACUCGCGAUUCUCAUGAUAUCGUUCGAUUACUAUCAACAUUGGAAAAAGAGAAAGAGCGAGAUCGGAAGGAGGUCGAAAGCCAAUUUGCCAUAUUAAAAAAUCGCAUAACCCAUUUGGAGUCGGAAAAGGAAGUGUAUCUUCACGAGAUUCAACACCUCAAGUCAACUCUUGAAUCGCAAGAUCGCGAAUUGAAAGAAUGCCGAGAAGAAGUGGCACGGCUGAAUGAAGAGAAGACCGAGACAGCAGAGACACUCGAUAAAUUGACGAUUCAGAAUUUUCGACAACAACAGGAAAUUCAUGAUCAAAAGGAGCUGGCUGAACAUCGUCGCAAAACCUAUGUCGAUGAGAAAAUGAAAAGAGAUGAGGAAAUUUUGAACCUUCAAAAGCAAAUCAACGAACUUGAAACGGAAUUAGAGCAGAAGUCGACACUAUUAGAAACUCAAAUUGAGAAUUCGAAACGUCUCGAAGAGCAGAGCUAUCAAUUGCAACCUUUACUUCUUCUUGACGAUCUGACGAAGAAACAGAGUCAGCUGAUCGACAUUACCGCCAAGGUUGUGCCGAGUAUGGAAGAGAUCCAGAAGCUAUAUAAGGAAUUCUUCAACACCUAUCCACAAAUGGAGGAGAACUUUCGGAAAGAGCGAGAUCAGAAUCGGAGACGCUUGAUGGAUUUUGAGGAGAAGUUGAACUCGAAGAAUCGCGAUUAUCAACGAUUACAGGAGAAGUGUGUCACCGAAUGUUGUAUUUGUCUGAAUGCGAAGCCCUCGAUCGUUUUCCUCCCAUGCCGCCAUUUGAUAUCGUGCGCCGAUUGCUAUUCAACAUCGGACCUCGGCGAAUGUCCGACAUGUCGCUGCAAAAUCGAUAACUCGAUCACCGUAUUCAUUUGA